AUGCUUCUCAGCCCGCCACUGAAAGAAAGGUUGCCGUCCGUCUUUAAGGGAGGCUUCUUCGACCAGGAAGAAGGGGAGGGGGCUGGCGGACCCCUGAAGAGAUUGUCCUGCGGUGACCAGUGGACUCCCGAAGAGACUGCCCUGCCGCAUCCGCCCGGCUGGCCGUUGGAGCCCUGCCCUGGAUGGCCCAGGAGUGAUGUGCCAGGGUCAGGGUCGGCCCGUGGGGACAGCGAGGAGCUCGGGGGGGAUGGAGCCAGCCGGGCCCCCACGAAGCUGAGGGUGAUGGGGCUUGAGGCCGACUCCAGGACGUUGGACCCGCCCCAGCCGGCCGGGGCCAGGCCGGCUGGGGAUCCGGCCCCCAGCCCCUCCACCCUGACCGCUCUGCCGGGCGGGAGAGCGGGGGGCCUCCGGGUGGUCCUGACCGACUCUCGCUGCUUCCUGGCCUGCUUGUGCUUUCUGACCUUCAUCCAGUCGCUCAUGGUGUCGGGCUACCUGAGCAGCGUCAUCACCACCAUCGAACGGCGCUACAGCCUGCGCAGUUCCGAGUCCGGCCUGCUGGUCAGCUGCUUCGACGUGGGCAGCCUGGCGGUGGUGGUCUUCAUCAGCUACUUCGGGGGCCGGGGGAGGCGGCCGCUCUGGCUGGCGGCCGGGGGGCUGCUGAUCGCCCUGGGGGCCGCCCUCUUCUCCCUGCCGCACUUCAUCUCCCCGCCCUAUCAGGUCCAGGAGCUCAACUCCUCGGUCCCCAACCAGGGUCUGUGCCCUAACGGCAACGGCUCGGCCGAGGACCCCCCGGAGGCGGUGGCGGCGGCCUGCUUCCGGGACUCGGGGGGCCGCGGACACGCCCUCUACGUGGCCCUGUUCGUCUGCGCCCAGGUGCUCAUCGGGGUGGGCUCCACGCCCAUCUACACCCUGGGACCCACCUACUUGGACGACAACGUCAAGAAGGAGAACGCGUCCCUGUACCUAGCCGUCAUGUACGUCAUGGGGGCCCUGGGCCCCGCGGCCGGGUACCUUCUGGGCGGAGUCCUCAUCGGCUUCUACGUGGACCCCCGGACGCCUGCCCGUCUGGACCAGAGCGACCCUCGCUUCAUCGGAAACUGGUGGAGCGGGUUCCUCCUGUGUGCCACCGCCAUGCUGCUCGUCAUCGUCCCCAUGUUCGCCUUUCCCAAGACGCUGCCACCCCGCCACAAGAAGAAGAGAAGGAAAAAGAAGCUGGGAGCCCCCGAUGGGCCCGGGGACGAAGAUGUCUUCAAGGAGAAAUCGAGCGCCAGAGGACAAGGGGAUGGGGCGGGUCCAUCGUCUCUGGGAUUCGGGAAGAGCAUCAGAGACCUCCCGAGAGCAGCUGGCAGGAUCUUAAGCAACAUGACAUUCCUUUUUGUGAGUUUGUCAUAUACAGCUGAGAGUGCCAUUGUCACCGCUUUUAUCACCUUCAUCCCCAAGUUCAUCGAGUCCCAGUUCGGCAUCCCCGCUUCCCGUGCCAGCAUCUACACUGGCGUAGUGAUCGUUCCCAGCGCUGGUGUGGGCAUCGUCCUGGGCGGCUACAUCAUCAAGAAGCUGAGGCUGAGCGCCCGCGAGGCGGCCAAGCUGGCCAUGAUCUGCAGCGGGGUAUCGCUGCUCUGCUUCUCUACGCUCUUCAUCGUCGGCUGCGACAGCAUCAGCCUGGGCGGCAUCAACAUCCCCUACACCACCGGCCCCCUCCUCACUGUGACCCACCGCAACCUGACAGGCAGCUGCAAUGUCAACUGCGGCUGCAGGACGCACGAAUACGAGCCCGUCUGUGGAUCGGAUGGCAUCACCUACUUCAACCCUUGCUUGGCCGGCUGCGCCAGCGCCGGCAACCUCAGCCUCGGGGGCCGGAAUUACACCGACUGUGCCUGCGUCCAGAGUCGCCAGGUCAUCAGCCCGCCCACGGCUGGCCGGCACGGCCAGCUCCGCCUGGUCAUCGUCAAGACCUAUCUCAGUGAGAACGGCUAUGCCGUGUCCGGGAAGUGCCACCGCAGCUGCAACACCCUCAUCCCCUUCCUCGUCUUCCUCUUCAUCGUGACCCUCAUCACCGCCUGUGCCCAGCCGUCCGCCAUCAUAGUGACACUCAGGUCCGUGGAGGAUGGAGAGAGACCAUUUGCGCUGGGGAUGCAAUUUGUUUUACUCCGCACGCUUGCGUACAUUCCGACCCCCAUCUACUUCGGCGCGGUGAUCGACACCACGUGCAUGCUGUGGCAGCAGGAGUGCGGCGUGCGGGGCUCCUGCUGGGAAUACGACGUCACCUCCUUCCGCUUCGUCUACUUCGGGCUGGCGGCCGGCCUCAAGUGCGUCGGCUUCGUCUUCAUCUUCCUGGCCUGGUACUCACUCAGGUGCCGCGACGAGCGGCUACGCGGGGCGCAGCCCAGGGUGGCGGCGUUCCACACUGUCAGCGAGGUGGUGGUGGCCGACGGCCACGUCCGGACACGGUCCUGCCCGGCCUUCGGUGGGCCCGAGCUCCUGCCGGAGGAGGGUGGCCUGGCCCGGGGGAUCCCCAACACGGCCCAGACGUACCCUGGCGCCGAACCCCCACCUUUCCCCGGCCCGUGAGGGACACCCCUCGCCCCCUGCGGCCCACACUGCGGCGACAGGAAGCCGGCAUUCCAAGGUGGGUGACAGCAGCUCCGUCGUCCGGUCGGGCACAGGGCCAGCCGCUGUCUCGUGGCAACAGGAGCCUGGGGGGCUGGAAUCGCCCCUUCCCUCCAGGCUAGAGGCGGGGCAUGACGGAUUGAGAAUUUUGCCUCGCCCAGUCAGUGCCCUCCGCUAGAAAGCACAACAACACGAUGCCACUAUGCAGUUUGAGUGCCAGGGCCAGGAGGAGCAUCCCAAAUGGCUGCCCGCUGCUUCUGGUUGUUCUCCCGAGGACUCCAGAUCGCCUUACCGCUUAGGGGUUUUCCAUAAGGAAGCGGGUGGGUUGCCUCUGACCCCAAGGAGCGGUAAUGGGGGAAGUGGCCACGUCACUCCGGGAGGAAGCAAGGCCUGAGCCGGCCCAUCGGAGAAGCGAUGAGAGACUUUCCGGAGGCCUUCCGGGGAUAUACGACAGUGAUCUCUUCGGCGCGACGGUGAGCAGGGAAACCCGGUCCGGGAAAGAAUCACCUCAGACCCGCUGGGAUCAGCUACCUUGUGGCCAUCGGAGCUGAGGAAAAAGUAGGAGAAAAACCACAUCAGAGGGCAAGGUGAUGAGGGCCUAGAAAAAUACAUCCGUUUCACGGGGGCCAUUGUCAUGGGCAUUUGAACUUGAAUCAACCACAGUGUCUUUUAGGCAGGUCGGGGAGCUUCGACUUGGGCUGAGUCUAAGCAGACUGAGGCCCUCUUCCCCGCCAGCUGCCGCCUACUCAGGCUGGGAGUUUGCCUCCUUUCCCCCCUCAGUGAGGGCAGCCCGGAGCCCAACAGGCCCCUCCAGCUGCUCUUAAACUGGCUGCUUUCUACAGGUGUGCUCACGGGAGCCAAUUCAACAGCUAGUUUCUGUUUUCAUUAUUAGAAGGUGCCAGUUCUAGCUCACUUCCCCCACCUCCCCCCCAACCCCAGGUCAAGUUUCUGAGACAAUAAUCAACUCCCCAGUAGCAGACCCCAACUAGGCAAAAAUCCAGAGCGGAAAGGGAGCGAAGGCCGCCUUACCUGAAUGCUCUGCACCAAGUGGGGUUGGUUCGUUGUGGCAGUGAAGGAAAAUGGGCGGCACUGCCCUAAGGUGGCUCCUGGGGAGAGGUGGUGGCAAGUUGGGGGCCCGGCCCAGGUCUGUCCAUCUCAGGCUUCGGAGGGAAGGAAAACAGAAAUCCUAGCAGCUAUAUUCACCUCUGACUGCCCCCGGCCCAGGGGCGUCUCAGUCCUGGGAGGUCAGGCAGACAGGUGGCUGAAAAGAACAACCCUGAAAGGAAAAAUAUUGGCAGGAACUCAGCCCACUGGACAGAGGGGAGGCGGGCGGUUGAGGCUGCCCACAAAAAAUCAUUGUUAACAGUUUACAGGUGGGCAGGCUGGGUCCCCACUAUCCGCCUCCUGCUCCCCCAUCCCCUGCCUCACUGACCACUCACUGUCCAGCUGGAAGGAACCGUCCCCCAGUUCGGGGCUGGGUGUACUGGGAAGCAGCGAUCACUUGGAAUCGGGGCAAGUUCACGCUUAUUUGGCAGGCACUGGGGGACAUCCAAGAGAUGCACAACCAACCGACCACUCUAUGGAUCCCCGGCGCCACUGCCAGUUACUGUAAACUGUCUGGUUACAGACUCGUGAGUACUUGGGACUUCAAAAUCAAAACCUGAUGCACUGAAUAAAUAAA